CGCCGAGGAAGGAGGAGGGCGGGGAGGGACGGAGGGAGCGCGGGGCCUGCCUCUCCUUCCUCUUCCUCUGCGCGGCACCAGGGCCGCCGGCCGGGACCAGCGCUCGCCUCUCCAUCCCGGCCGGGCGGGGAGGGGGGAGCCGCCCGCCCCGCUGGCCGCCUUGGGCUAUGUUCGACACAGGCACCACAUCCCCACGUACAACCCCAAGCAGCUCCCCGUCCCUGAGGAAGCGCUUGUUGCAGUUGCCGCCACGAUCUCCUCCAGAGUUGACCCCGGAAGCCAUGGUGGAGAAAGGCUUAGAGAAUGCGGCAGAGCGGACCCCUCAACCAGUGCACCCGCCCAGCACCCCACUGAACUACCCGCUCAGUGGGCGCAGCUUCAUCCGUAAUAACAAGAAAAUGCAGAGCUGGUACAGUAUGCUGAGCCCCACUUACAAGCAGCGCAACGAGGAUUUUCGCAGGAUCUUCAAGGGACUGCCUGAAACGGAGCGGCUUCUUGUAGAUUACUCCUGUGCGUUGCAGCGUGACAUCUUGCUUCAAGGGCGGCUCUACCUAUCAGAGAACUGGAUCUGCUUCUACAGCAACAUCUUCCGAUGGGAGACCACGAUCUCCAUCCAGCUGAAGGAGGUGAAGUGCAUCAGGAAGGAGAAGACGGCCAAGCUGAUCCCCAACGCGAUUCAGAUCUGCACAGAGACCGAGAAGCAUUUCUUCACCUCAUUUGGGGCCCGUGACCGCUGCUUCAUGCUGAUCUUCCGCCUCUGGCAGAAUACGCUCCUGGAUAAGACGUUGUCCCCUCAAGAGCUCUGGCACAUUGUCCACCAAUGCUAUGGCUCUGAACUCGGCCUCACCAGUGAGGAUGAUGAUUACGUCUCUCCCAUCGAUGAGAUCAAUGGUUUGGGAAGCCCCAAAGAGACUGGGGAUGUCAUUGACCUGAGCGACUUAACUUCCCGCUGCAGCACAGACCUCAAGCUGGACACCAGCCCCCUCCUGGACAAAAGGGACACCAGUCAGAGCAUCAACUCGCUGGCCAGCAGCAGUGACGGGACCACCUCGCUGGCAGAGGACCCAGAUGAGAACACUGACAGCCAAGUGGAUGCCUCUUCCAGCCACACAGUGACCUCAGCAACAGAACCUCCCAGGGACGAUUUGCCACAAGGGCCGCCAAUGUCCCCCCUGGAGGGGGACCCACUCCCCAGUGAGGAGCUCCCUACGGACAUGAGCAAUUCUUCUUCCUCAACGCAAGAUGAAGCCGAGGUGGAUGCUUUCUUUUCGGACCUGCCGGGGAGGUUGCUCAUCAAUACCGUUUAUCAUGUUGGAGCUGAAAGGCUGCAGCAGAUGCUCUUCAGCGACUCCCAGUUCAUACACGGAUUCUUGGACCAGCGCAAGUUCACAGACGUGGCGUUGACUUCGUGGACCGGCGACAACAAGUGCCACCAAAGCCGCGUCAUCUCCUACACAAUCCCCAUCACCAACCCGUUGGGCCCCAAGGCUGCAGCUGUAGUGGAGACUCAGACUCUGUUCCGUACCAGCUCCAAGAGCGGGGGCUGCGUGGUCGACUCGGAAGUCAUCACACAGGGGAUCCCGUACCAGGACUACUUCUACACAGCGCAUCGAUACUGUAUUACUGCCGUGGCCAAGAGCAAGGCCCGACUCAGAGUCUCCUCUGAGAUCCGGUACCGGAAGCAGCCAUGGAACCUGGUGAAAACGCUCAUUGAGAAAAACGCCUGGAGCGGCGUGGAAGAAUACUUUCAGCACUUGGAGCUGGCGCUGGUACAGGCAGAGAAGGCCCUGCUGGAAGAGAGCUGCCAUGGCAAGGAGCCGCGGGGACUCCUGUCCGGCCUGCGUCGCCGGAAGCGCACCCUAAGCUGGAGAGCCCCCCACGUUGAGCCCCCGCUCCCCACGUUGCCUGACGGCGAGGGGGCAGCCCGCACCAUCCGUCCCUCAGGCAGCCUGACCUCUCGGCUCUCAGAGCAGCUAUCGGAACAAGGGCAAGGCCAGACCGUCUCCACCGUGAUUCUCAUCAUCAGCUUGGUGAUCUGUGUGAGCCUUGUGGUCUUGGUUAUCCUGAACAUGAUGCUAUUCUACAGGCUCUGGUCUCUGGAGCACACAGCCCGGACCUUUGAAUCAUGGCAGGCCUAUGCGCUCUCCAGUGGAAAGCUACCACAGACAGCAUCUGAAUGGGCUGAGAUCCUGGAGCUGCAGAAACGGUUUCACAGUGUGGAGGUUCAGAAGUGGAAGCAGAUCCUCAAGGCCUCCGUGGAGCUUCUAGAUGAGAUGAAAAUCUCCCUCGAGAAGCUGCACCAGGGCAUCACGGUGGCCGAGCCCCCCUUGGAGCCGGAGUGAAACCCCCAGCGCUCCCUCUCUCCUAACUAAGGAUGUUGCUCAGAAACUGCUGCUGGAUCGGUGGCACCCACCUCCCAUGGCCGGCAUGCGUCCGAGGGGAUGACAUUCCACUCCUCGCCAGACCAACAGCUGGACCUUAGCCUCAAGAGUGCCACUUGCAGUGAUGGAUUCCACCGCCACCACUUUCCUGCUUCGGGGAUCUUUCUCCUGGAGCAUCUUCCUUCUCUCUUUUUCUCUCUGAGGGUCUCUGCAGUGACUUCAUUUUAUCCCCCCCCCCCCUUUAAGUGCUAUUUAUAUUCCUCACAGGACCCCAGAGAGCUUUUGACUUCUGCUGCUCCAGCAUCCUUUCUUUACCUUCUUUCCAGCUGUUGUUCGGAGUGUGUGUGACUGGGAACUUUAGAGGACAGGUGGCGGUGCCUAUAUCUCUUGUGUUGAGAUUUCACUCAACAGCUGGGACAGCAAGGACCCGCUUUCCUCCUCCAUGUUGAGGGCAAUUGAUCUGUGAUUUCCUUCUCUUUCACACACACAAGUGGUUGAGAGAUGGGAAACCAAGAGUCCGUAUUGAAUCCUUCCUUGCUCCCUCUCCUCCUGUUUCCAUCCUUUGGCGAGCCCAAUUAUUUUAUUAAAGGGAUCUUCUCAACAACAUUACCUCUGACAGAAGGGGGAAAGGGUAGGCAUGGCCCUGAACAUUAUGUAGCCAGAAAUCUGAUUUACAGAAGUUGGAGAGCUUCUGAGACCCUUGAGGGGGUUCUGUGCACCUUGCCCACAUGAGAGUUAACAUAGAGCAGGGAUGGCCCUCCAGAUGUGGAUGGACUAAAGCACCCAUCAUCUCUGACUGCUGGCCAUGGGGGCUGGGGCUGAUGGGAGUUGGAGUCCAACAAUAUCUGGAGGGCCACAGGUUCCCCAUCCCUGACUUAAGAGCACGCCCAGGCAAAGGAGCCAAAGGCAGCUGGGGAAGCAGCUGGGUCAAAUCCCAUUUAUCCCAGUAAUCCCAUUUAUGCAUUUCCAUCACUGGUGUAGGGGUGGGCAGCAAGUCCAGGAGUAUCCCAGUCUAUGCCGAAAGCUUUCUGGCUUUGGGAGGUUUCUGCUGUGCCAGCUGCCCUAAUCCGUUAUUUGCCGCAACGAAAAUGCCAAACUCAGCUUUUCUCUCUCUCUCUCUUUUUUUUUGAGAGGAGGGCAGUCUGAAUGAGUGCAGCACAGUGGCCACAGAGUCGGGGCUCCUGCAUUUUAUUUUUUUAUUUUUUACUCCCAUGUGGGCAGCACCACGCUCCUAGACUCCACGACUCCUUUGCCUGAUUCCUCCUAGGCCCGUCUCCCAGGCAACAAAUGGGCUUUGCCAAGGCCUAGCUAUACUGUCACUUUAAAAUGAGGUUGCACUGCCAGUCAGAGCCCCAGGUGCCCUUCAAAUACUGCCUGAGGGGGUUUCUAAUCUUGAAAUCCACCCCCUCCUGGGGAGGGGUGUGUGUCUGCCAGCCCUAUGUUCUCUGCUCCCUACUCAAGACCUUGGAAGGCCCAGGUUUCUGACCUCCCCUUUUCUCCCUUCUUCCCCCUCACCAAGGUUGUGGUGAGGGGGCUCCCCCCCCCCCAGUUUUGUAGCUGUGUUCAGUGUUAACGAUCCUUUGUGUUCAAGGUUCCACAGAGGUGCUGGGGCUUAUUUAUUAGGAAGCGGAAUAAAGACCGUGGAUCGGAAUCUC